AUGGAUGAAACACAUAACAACAGGACUUCCUUGGUUAAAGGCGCCAAGGACAUCGCUAAAGAAGCCAAGAGGCAAGCUGCCAAAAAUUUAAGCAAAACUGUUGAUCGAGCCUCAGAUGAAUACUCAGCUCAUCGCAGCUACAACCGUUUCCAGAAUGAGGAUGAAGAAGAAAACGACUACAACACUUACACUCAGCAAGAUGGUCACUAUGCUGACAACGCUGCGAACGAUGAGGAAGGGGCCUCUAGUGAUGCCACAGAGGGCCACGACGAUGAAGAUGAGAUCUACGAGGGGGAGUAUCAAGGCGUGCCUGCCCACAAUGAUGGGAAGCUGCGGGACGGUCAGGUGGCUCUGGGCCAGCCGGUUUCUGACAGCCUAAAAAGCCGCAAAGAGCUGGAAAAUGAGAGACAGGCAGAUGAGGAGGAGCUUGCCCAGCAGUAUGAGCUGAUCAUGCAGGAGUGUGGCCAUGGGAGAUUCCAGUGGCAGCUGUUCUUUGUACUUGGGCUGGCGCUCAUGUCAGACGGCGUGGAGGUGUUCGUAGUGGGCUUUGUCCUGCCCAGUGCAGAGACAGACAUGUGUGUCCCCAACUCUGGUGCCGGAUGGCUUGGUAGCAUUGUGUAUCUGGGGAUGAUGUUUGGAGCUUUUUUUUGGGGCGGCUUGUCAGACAGAGUGGGCCGUAAACAGUGCCUGCUGAUAUCCAUGUCUGUCAAUGGCUUCUUCGCCUUCCUCUCCUCCUUUGUCCAAGGCUACAGUAUGUUCCUCUUGUGCCGCAUGGUGUCUGGCUUUGGGAUUGGUGGAGCAGUACCAAUAGUAUUCUCGUACUUUGCGGAGGUGUUGGCUCGGGAGAAGAGAGGAGAGCAUUUGAGCUGGCUGUGCAUGUUCUGGAUGAUUGGAGGAAUUUACGCCUCAGCCAUGGCCUGGGCCAUCAUCCCACACUAUGGUUGGAGUUUCAGCAUGGGUUCAGCCUACCAGUUCCACAGCUGGAGAGUGUUUGUGGUGGUGUGUGCGCUGCCGUGUGUCUCUGCAGUGGUAGCUCUCACUUUUAUGCCUGAGAGCCCCCGCUUCUACCUGGAGAUGGGUAAACAUGACGAGGCCUGGAUGGUGCUCAAACAAAUCCAUGACACCAACAUGCGUGCCCGUGGAGAGCCUGAGAGAGUCUUCACUGUGAACAGGAUAAAAAUCCCCAAACAGCUGGACGAGCUGGUGGAGAUGCAGAAUGAGUCAGCCAACCCUGCACUCAAGGUCCUCUUCAAGAUCAAGGCUGAGAUCAGAGGAAUCUGGCUGACGUUUAUGAAAUGCUUCAGCCACCCAGUGAAAGACAACACUAUAAAACUGGCUGCAGUCUGGUUUACUCUGUCUUUUGGGUUCUAUGGACUCUCUGUGUGGUUCCCGGAUGUCAUCAAGCACCUUCAGGCUGAUGAGUAUGCUUCCAGAGUGAAGAUUCACAACAGUGAGCGCAUUGAAGACUUCACCUUCAAUUUCACCCUGGAGAACCAGAUCCACAGAAACGGAGUCUUUCUAAAUGACAGGUUUAUCGGAAUGAAGUUCAAGGCAGUCACAUUCAUUGACUCAUCUUUCCUCAACUGCUAUUUUGAAGAUGUCACCUCUGUCGGAUCUUUUUUCAAAAACUGUACCUUUGUAGACUCCUUCUUUUACAACACGGAUAUUGACGACACUAAACUAACAGAUUCAAGGGUGAUCAACAGCUCCUUCCACCACAACAAGACAGGUUGUCAGAUGACAUUUGAUGAUGAUUACAGUGCCUACUGGGUCUAUUUUGUCAACUUCCUGGGAACACUGGCUGUGCUACCUGGAAACAUCGUCUCUGCCCUCCUCAUGGACAAAAUAGGACGGCUUAGCAUGUUAGGAGGCUCCAUGGUGCUGUCAGGCAUCAGCUGCUUCUUCCUUUGGUUCGGCACCAGUGAGUCGAUGAUGAUCUUCAUGCUCUGUCUCUACAACGGCCUCAGUAUCUCUGCCUGGAACUCCCUGGAUGUGGUCACUGCUGAACUAUACCCAACAGACAGGAGGGGCACAGGCUUUGGCUUCUGUAAUGCCAUGUGUAAGCUGGCAGCAGUGCUGGGCAACCUGAUAUUUGGCUCAUUGGUUGGCAUCACCAAGGCUAUCCCUAUCCUGCUGGCAUCAUCUGUGUUAGUUUGCGGCGGGCUUGUGGGGCUUCGACUGCCAGACACACGAGCCAAUGUCCUCAUGUAAACCUCAACACAGAGCAGUAUGUUGUUUACCAGGUAUUUACUCAGUUUACUGAGUAAUCAUUCAUUUAUAGACUGUCAUUUAUUUGAAUAUCACUGAAACAGGCUUUGCUGUCACCCUUCUUGUAUUUAUUAUUUGAUAAAUAAUGUUGACUAUGUUCACAAACUAAAAUGAUUGUUAUUCUGUUAUUUCUGAGUAAAAUACCUGGUGAAUAAUAAAGGAUACUGAUAUGCAGUUUAAGUUAACAAUGAGCUGUAGAUAUAAAGAGUUUGAACACUACAAUCAAAGGUUAGAAAUGUUAGAAGUAUCAUGGCUCUUGCAGGAAUUCAAGAUGAAAAGGCUGCUUCAGAAACGAUUAAACAGAAUCAUCUCCUGAUAAAACUCUGUAUAUCAGCAGCUCAUUAUCUAGCAUGAGCUGUUUCACACAUGCAAAUGCAUAUGUCAAAGCUGCAAAAGGCCUGGACUUCUGACAACCUUCCCCCUCCGAAUCCUGCUCAGUCUUGCUCAGAUUAAAGGAAUAGUUUAACAUUUUGGGAAAUAAAGAUAAUUCAAAGUUACCAUCAGCAGCAGUUAGCUUAGCUUAAAGACUGGAAGCAGGGGAAACCAGGUAGCCUGGCUGUGUCCAAAGGUACAUUAACAAAAUCUGCCUACCAGCACAGCUGUAGAAGAGCAAGUUAUGUGCUGGAUUAUUUCUUGGUCUGGCUCAGGAUCUUUGUGGUGCUGUGAACCAGUUUGUAAAAUUACAAUGUGAUAUUCUCACACUUGUUUUUGAAUGUGUGUGUAAGUGGAUUAAACAAAUGAGAUGUUGGCCUAACAUGUUAAUUAGUGAGCUUUACAGGUGCUGGUAGGUAGAGUUAUUUACAUAUGAAAAGAGCCCAUCUAGCUAGUUUUCCUUUGCUUCCAGUCUUAUUGCUAAGCUAACUGGCCGCUUGCACUAGCUUCAUAUUUACUGUACACGCAUGACAGUGGUAUCAAUAUUCUCAUGUAGCUCUCAGCAAGACAGCAUAUAAGUGUGUAUAGUACUACCAAAUGUCAAACUAUUCCUUGAAGUACAAAUCCUUUUGUAACAGUUGUGUAUGUGAUUACGCGUGUAUAUCUAUCUAUUUAGUAAUUUAUGUAUGUUAUUUAUUGCAUCACCAGUGUGCUUUUAUGUUUGUUGGCCAAAAAUUUAAGGUGAUUUAGGCCUCAAUUUCUAAACCUGUGCUCGGUAUUCCACUAAUGGUUGAUGAUGUUCAAGCCUUUUGCUGCAAUUUGCAAGAAUGACAAGGCCAUAGAAAAAAAAAAUCUAUAAUGAUAUAGUAGUUUAGUCAAAACCGGCAACUUCAGCAGCUACAUUUCUAAAGUGAAAAGAAGUUUACAUUUUCUGCUUUUUACAGUAAGAGACUUUUGAGAUUGGAAACCUUUUGUCUGAAUGCUUCCUCUCUCCCUCUCGUGUCUGUGUUGUGUUCGUCUCGUGGCGUCAAGCUCCCCAUGAAGGGCUUUGCAGUCCGAUCUUUCAAGAAGAAUUUAUACUCAUUACACUGCCAUUACAAUCUGCUCUUUUCCUUGUUUUUGUUUUUUUUCUCUCAAUAUCUGUCUCACCAUCUUGGUCUCCUCAUAGUGUCUCUUGUCCAGACUUGUCCUCUUGUUGUGUUUAUCUCCUCCUGCCUUGCUGCUGCUCCCUCCAAAACUCAAAGGCCUUUCUCAAAUGUCGUGCCUCUCUCUCUGUUGAGCCUGUCUCUCUUUCCAAACCUUGCUGGAAGCUUUGCUGCUCUGUCCUGCUUUUUUUUGGUCUGUCAUCUCUUGAUACCGCAGUGUGUGUGUGUGUGUGUGUGUGUGUGUGUGUGUGUGUGUGUGUGUGUAUCCAGACAAAACAGAUACAAUGAUAAUCUCAUAUGUAGAAAGCCAAGUUUUUUGUUUUGUUUUGUUAUGCUUUUUUUCUAUACCACGAAACUGGGUGUUUGGGGGGAUUUGAACUAUACGAUAAAGUGAAAUUAAAAGCCAUGCUUAAAGGAUCCGUUCACCCAAAUUCCAGAAAAAAAAACAUAUUUACCUGUCAUGCAGAUAGUAAAUGUGAACCUCAUCAGAACACACAAGAUGAAAAGUCAGGGGAUAACCAGAGUCAGUAGAAUUCAUCUUCUGGGAAUCAUGGAUGUUUGUACAAAAUUUAAUUUCAUCCAGUAGUUGUUGAGAUAUUUCUGGAACAAAGUUGUGGAACGAAAUUCCCUUCACCUCCAUUAUAUUGAGGUAUAGAGGCAGAAAUAUAGAGGGUAUGGUUGUAACAUGGGGAGAGCUGUAACAAUAUCAAUUCCACCAAUUAGACGUAAGAUAGGAGUUAGGUGAUCAUUUACCUACUUCCUCCCCGAUCAGGCAUGGUGGUUAUCAAUUCUGGAAACAGACACAUUCAGAAUAGAUUUUUUGACCAAGACUAUAUUUUGUUUAGUAUCUAUACUAUUGUAGAUAAAUUUGUAUGACUUAUAUUAGAUUGAAAUGUAGAUUCUUAGGCAACAUGUGAUGCACUUUUUCCUUUCUAAUUUCAAACCACUAUGCUAAUAGUGGUAGACAGGGGUGGGGUGGGUUGUUACACUUCUUUAAAAAGUGUAACAACCAUCCACCAUACACACAAUAUCCACCAUUACAGAGUGCCCUUUACAGUCUGGGCUCACCAACCCUGCCCUCCAGGGUUUCCAGCAUUCAUUUGUCAGCACAGUGACCAGUACUCCCCAUUCACAUGUUGUUCACAUGUUGGCGGGUGUAUCAGCACUCAAUCUUUUCCAUACUCUGUCUCCACCGGUGGAGAGGGCAGAGAAGCGUACGGGCAGCUUGUGAGAAAUGCGGUACGCCGAAGAGUAAAAUAAAGAAGUGCUUGUAGUGCGUACCGGUGAGUACCGGCCCACUUCAAGCUCUGACUGUGACUCUGAUUAAGAAUAUACACACAUUGACAGACACAGACACACACCUCUUUUAGUUAGACCUAAGGAUGUACAGAGAUAUUCUAUAAUUAGGUACAUUUUAGUGGUACUUACAGUAUACUUUAAAGUAAGCUUAUUCUAUAGAUAAAUUUACAUACACAUACUGUACAUGUGUGUGAGUCAUCAGACAUAAUCUGUUACAGUGAGAGAGAAACAUUGUUCUUUUAUUUCACUAUACCUGUUUUUGAAGUGUAUCAUAUAGUGCGGCAUCUAUUAUUGCUUUUUUUGUCUUUACAAACUUUGUUACAACUUACUCCAGCAUGUGUUAUGAUGUUGUAACACAUGGAUUUGACAUCAACUCACGAGGUCUGUGAUAUUCUUGUAGAGGAUUGAAUUGGUGCCAUUUGUUGUGAACAAAUGUGGGUACUUUGUAUAAAAGUUUGAGAAUCUUGAGAAAGUUUGUUAUAGAUGCUCAAGCAAAAAGUGUUACAACCAUACCCGGUCUCCCUUAUCUGUGCAACUAUCUGCAUGGCUAGAUACCACUUGAGCUAAAUAAGAAAUACAUUUUUUUGUGGUUUGGGUGAAAAAUCCUUUUAAAUCCACUUAUGAAUGGGAAUACUGCUGCUACAGUGUCAGUGCUGUGAUGUAAAAAUGCAUAUGGGAAUUUGUAAAAUAAAACACUAACUUUUUUUUUCUGGGAUUCUUCAAUCAUUUAAAAAAAGUCACUUAACAAAAGUACAGUACUGUUUUAUUCUGUUACUUUCAAAUCCGUUUUAUGAUGAUGAUUUAGUGUCAACAUACAGAUUACCAUUUCAAGAUAUGAAUCUAAUUUCCUGAUGGGUGUUUGAUGCUUUUUUUCUGUCUAUCUGUAUCAACAUGUCCACCUGUGCUGAACAAGAUCACUGUUUCCAAAAAGGAAAUCCUGCAUGUUUGUUAUUGAAGUCCUUCUGUUGUGUGUGCUUUUUUUCCAUUUUGGUGUCUUCGCUGUUCCUCUGCGGGGGGAAACAGACAUGUGAUUCACGGGUCAAAGGUGAAUGUAUCAUUCUCGUGUGUUGUCAGAUUUGUUGUGGACAGGUGUUCAUUAUAAUGAGUUGACUUCUAGGUCAUUGUGAAAGGGCAUGCCACUGGUGAGAUGACUGUAUGUGCUACAAGAGGUUAUGCAGCAGAGGUGGUCAAAUCUGGGUUUGGGAAGGUUUCCAGUCAGAUUAAUCAAUACCAUAAAGUCACUGAAGCAUGAAGGAAAUAGCCGGUGUUGUGACUUUCAGAUUUGAAAAUCUCUGCUGUCAAACAAUAUAUAGAGGUGUGUGUAAAAAAACAAACAAGCACCUGUCCUUGAUAUGAUUUAUUUUGAUAAGAAAAGGCUCAAGUGAAUGCAGUGUAAAGGUGGAUUCCUCUGGCGUCUACAUAUUGAAUAAAGAGUUUCAUUUGAA